AUGGCCACGCUCAGGAAUGCCAUCACCAUAUCUAUGGGGAUCAACGACGAGUUUGCAUUGACAUAUGGCUCAUGGCUCCAGCAAUGCACCAUCUCUUUUUAUCUACUUUCCGAGAAAUCAAAACUGGCUUCAGCAUUUAUGCUGUUGUUUUGGAGCUUAGGCACUCUACUGCUCAUAGAACAGCUUCAUCGCGCAUCCAACAUACUUCCUGUCGUCGAGAGACAGCCCCUGCUGGACAAGGCGCUGAUUUACCAGAGAGAGGCUGUUACGUCUCUUCUCACAAUAGCGCAACGAAUUGUGGACGUAUCGGCAAUGGGCCAGUUUAGACUCAUCAAUAGUGUUCAAGCAAAGAUGGAUUUCAUCUCACACCAUGCAAAUACGGCCCUGGUGGUCCUGGCCCUCUCCAAGGCAAUCGAACAUACUAUUGACCUGCAUAUAUCAGCCGAUCAACAUGGCGACUUGACUUCGACACACCUCUCUAACACGGAUCCAGACUCGGAGUGGGUUGCCAGUAUGAAGCCUUUGCUCACGUGCUUUUUGACGCUCGACUCGACUGUGUCUGGAGCGAUUACUGCGAGACCGGCGUUGCAGAGGCUUAUGCAGCAAUAUGGUGAUAUCCUGAUGGAUUGUUGGUCACACGAAGACGUGGACAAUCUAUCACAAUGA